AUGCCAGCAGAAGUCAUGAACUCAAAGGAAACCUACAGUGUCGGUCUGGCACCAGCCCAGGAUGACCGUGAGAAGGACCGGAACUCAGCAAUCUCAUCCGAUUCGGACAAUGCCCAAGAUCAAGAGACACAGGGUGCACCACUCCAACGAGUGGUCAGCGCUCCGUAUCCUACACCUCUGAAGCUUGCCAUCAUCCUCGUAGGGGUCGCUUUGAGUGUGUUUCUAGUAGCGCUAGACAUGACCAUCGUGGCAACGGCGAUACCAAAAGUCACCGACGAGUUCCAUAGCCUUGAAGACAUUGGAUGGUACGGAUCGGCUUUCUUCAUCACUGUCGCAGCAUUUCAAUCGACUUGGGGCAAGGCCUAUAAGUACUUCUCACUCAAAACUGUGUUCCUGACGGCAAUCCUCGUCUUUGAGAUUGGAAGCCUGAUAUGCGGCAACAAGACCUUGAUUGUAGGCCGCGCAGUUGCCGGUGCUGGAGGUGCUGGUGUUGCGGCCGGUGCUUACACCAUUAUCGGCUUCAGCGCUCCGCCAGAGAAAGCCCCAGCCCUCACCGGAAUCCUAGGAGCUAUCUUCUCAAUCGCCAGUGUCGCCGGUCCGCUGCUCGGCGGUGUCUUCACCGACAAUCUGAGCUGGCGAUGGUGCUUCUACAUCAACCUUCCUGUUGGCGGUGCCUCGGCAGCCGCAAUCAUUGUAUUUUUCCAGACACCCGAGCGAGCGAAACCUGUCGAGGCGUCAUGGCGUGAGAAAAUCCUCCAGAUGGACUUCGUCGGAACCUUCACGCUCAUGGGAGCUGUCGUCUGCUUCCUCCUCGCAAUGCAAUGGGGCGGUGUCACGAAGGCCUGGAGCUCUGCCGAUGUCAUUGGCAUGCUUGUCGGCUUCGGCAUCAUCUCCAUUGUCUUCAUCGCCCUGGAAAUCCAUCUUGGAGAGCGCGCGUUGAUCAUACCUCGCCUCAUGAAGAACAAGACCCUUGCGUUCGGCUUUGUCUUCCAAGUCUUCAACAACGGCGCGUUCUUCGUCCUGCUGUACUACCUCCCGAUAUACUUCCAAGUUGUGUCAGGCGUCUCAGCUGCUCAGUCAGGCGUCCGCAACAUUCCCUACAUCCUUGGACUUUCGCUCUUCAGUAUAGUCUCCGGCGUCGCUAUCACCAUAACCGGCGAAUACCAACUCCUGAUGAUCAUCGGCGCGGUGCUAAACACCAUCGGCGCCGCCCUAGUCUACACCCUCGACGUCGGCUCCCCCGCCUCAAAGUGGAUCGGCUACCAGAUCAUCGGCGGCAUCGGUACGGGCCUGAGCAUCCAGAUCCCCAUCAUCGUCGGGCAGGCUGUCGUCCCCGCUUCUGACAUCUCCUCCGUCUCGGCCCUCGCGCUCUUCUUCCAGUCCCUGGCCGGCGCGGUUUUCAUCUCCGUCUCGCAGUCGCUCUUCGCGAAUAGGCUGAUUGAGGCGGUUAAGCAGAACGUGCAAGGUCUGGAUCCGGCGAUUGUGGUUGGGACGGGCGCGACGGAUCUGAGGAAGGUGAUACCGGCUGCGCAGCUUGCGGGUGCAAUCGAGAGCUAUAUGGCUGGAUUGCAAGAUGCUUUUACCCUUGCUAUUGCGCUUGGCGGUGUGGCGGUCCUGAUUAGUGUUGGGGUUGUGGUAUUUGAUAGGCGGAAUUUGAAAGCGAAGCCCAAGGCUGGUGACGCAGUUCAGGCUUGA